CUCGGAUCUUUCAACCAGUCUAGCCUACGCAACAGUACGCCACUUCUACGCCUGCGCGAGGACGGUGAGGCGGGGCCUGCAACUUCCUCAGCGGGAGCGGGAGUGCACACUGGAGCCGCCGGAAGAGAACGACUCGGAUCUGGCUCCGUUUUCCAAUCAACUGCGCAACGAGUCAGGCUUUCUGGGUUGCAACAUGGCGGCUACCAGUGGAACUGAUGAACCGGUUUCCGGGGAGUUGGUGUCUGUGGCACAUGCGCUUUCCCUCCCAGCAGAGUCUUAUGGCAACGAUCCUGACAUUGAGAUGGCUUGGGCCCUGAGGGCAAUGCAGCAUGCUGAAGUCUAUUACAAGCUGAUUUCAUCAGUUGACCCACAAUUCCUGAAACUCACCAAAGUAGAUGACCAAAUUUACUCUGAAUUCCGGAAAAAUUUUGAGAAGCUUAAGAUAGAUGUAUUGGACCCAGAAGAACUCAAGUCAGAAUCAGCCAAAGAGAAGUGGAGACCAUUCUGCUUGAAGUUUAAUGGGAUUGUUGAAGACUUCAACUAUGGUACUUUGCUGCGAUUAGAUUGUUCUCAGGGCUACACUGAAGAAAACACCAUCUUUGCCCCCAGGAUACAAUUCUUUGCCAUUGAAAUUGCUCGGAACCGGGAAGGCUAUAACAAAGCUGUUUAUAUCAGUGUUCAGGACAAAGAAGGAGAGAAAGAAGUCAACAAUGGAGGAGAAAAAACAUCUGACAGUGGAGAAGAAGAGAACACCAAGAACAGAGGAGAGAAAGAAGCUGAUAGUGGAGAAGAAAAAGAGGAAGGAAUCAACAGAGAAGAGAAAACUGACAAAGGAGGAGAAAAAGGGGAAGAAGCUGACAAAGACAUCAACAAAAGUGGUGAAAAAGCUAUGUAAGGUAUACAGGGAACAGCACUCUAGAAGCUAUGUGUCAAUUGAGCCUACAAGUAACACAGUGCUACUUGCACAGACCUCUUUGGUUAAAUGUAAAUUCUUGUACAUUUAAGAACACUCAGAAGGACAUCCUUCUAGCCUAAUAGGAUCUGCUCUUGUGGUUCCCUUGUAUGAACUGUUCUAAAGACUAUUAGUCGGGUGUUAGUUGUUUUUUUCUGGUAUACAGUAUUUUGGCUGUCACCACUGGUCAAGUAAGAAAUUUUGUAAAUAAAUGUCUUUUGGUUCUUUCUUAUCU